GCGCACACGCGUGGCCGGGGCGGCGGGUGGGCGCUGAGCGGCGGGGUGGGCUGGGCUGGGGGCGGAGGAGCGGCCGGCCCCGGCCCCCGGCGGGGCUCUGCGGGUGUGCAUGGCCCAGCGCGGCCGGCGAUGGCUGCGUGAUGGCCCAGCGCGGGCAGCCCGCACCGCACGCCAUGGCUGCCAAAGACGAGCUGUACAGCAAAGUCAUCCCCCGGCGGAACCGGCAGCACCGCGCGGGGACCAUCAAACAUGGCUCGUCGCUAGAGAUCCUGCUGUCAAUGGGCUUCCCAAAAGCCCGGGCACAAAAAGCACUGGCGUCGACAGGUGGAAGAAGUGUACAAGCAGCAUGCGACUGGCUGUUCUCCCAUGUGGGUGACCCAUUCCUCGAUGACACGCUGCCCCGGGAGUACGUCCUGUACCUGCGCCCCACCGGCCCCCUGGCGCAGAAGCUGUCGGAGUUCUGGCAGCAGUCGAAGCAGAUCUGUGGGAAGAACAAAGCUCACAACAUCUUCCCACAUAUCACCCUUUGCCAGUUCUUUAUGUGUGAGGACGGCAAGGUGGAUGCUCUCACCGAAGCUCUGCAGGCCACCGUGAUGCGCUGGAAAUGCAAAUUCCCGGCCCCUCUGCCUUUGGAGCUCUACACGUCCUCAAACUUCAUCGGGCUCUUUGUCAAGGAAGAAAGCGCUGAGGUGCUCAAGAAGUUUGCUGCAGACUUUGCCGCAGAGGCCGCUUCGAAAGCCGAUGUUCACGUGGAGCCCCACAAGAAGCAGCUCCACGUGACGCUGGCCUAUCACUUCCAGACCAACCACCUGCCCACGCUGGAGAAGCUGGCGCAGAACAUCGAUGUCAAGCUGGGCUGCGACUGGGUGGCCGCCAUAUUCUCCCGAGACAUACGCUUCGUUAAUCACGAGACUCUGCAAGUGAUCUAUCCUUACACCCCCCAGAACGAUGAUGAACUGGAGCUGGUCCCAGGGGAUUUUAUUUUCAUGUCCCCCGUGGAACAAACCAGUACAAGUGAGGGCUGGAUUUAUGGCAUUUCCCUCGCAACUGGCUGUUCUGGGCUUCUGCCUGAAAAUUACAUCACGAAGGCGGAUGAAUGUGGGACCUGGGUGUUCCAUGGGUCCUACUCAAUUCUGAAUACUACAUCUUCCCCGUCCUUUCAAGCCUUCACUGACGGAGCCCUGGAACGGAGACAGCAGGAAGACCAAGGACCUGGGGACACAGGACCACUCACCAUCAUCUGCCAGAACGUGCAGCCCCUGAGAAUAACGAGCCAGCCCGGGCCUCAGAAACGCUGCCUGUUUGUCUGCAGACACGGGGAAAGGAUGGAUGUGGUUUUUGGGAAGUAUUGGCUGUCACAGUGUUUUGAUGCCAAAGGAAGGUAUAUGCGUAGUAACCUGAAUAUGCCUCACAGUUUACCUCAAAGAAGCGGCGGUUUCAGGGAUUAUGAGAAGGAUGCGCCCAUCACCGUGCUGGGCUGUACCCAGGCGAGGCUCGUGGGUGAAGCCUUGCUAGAAACGAAUACCAUUGUAGACUACAUCUACAGCUCCCCGUCCCUGCGGUGUGUACAGACAGCACACAACAUCCUGAAAGGUAUGCAACAAGAGAACAACCUGAAAAUCCGAAUAGAGCCGGGCUUGUUUGAAUGGACCAAGUGGGUCUCUGGGAACACACUACCUGCCUGGAUACCCCCCCUGGAUUUAGCUGCAGCUACUCUAAGCGUCGAUACAACCUACAGACCUCACAUUCCUGUCAGCAAGCUGGUGGUUUCCGAAUCUUAUGAUACAUACAUAAGUAGAAGCUACCAAGUAACAAAAGAAAUCAUCAGUGAAUGUAAAGGCAAAGGAAACAACAUCCUGAUCGUGGCACACGCGUCCUCCCUGGAGGCCUGUACCUGCCAGCUCCAAGGGCUCUCGCCGCAGAACUCCAAGGACUUUGUACAGAUGGUCCGAAAGAUUCCGUAUUUGGGGUUUUGCUCGUGCGAAGAACUGGGAGACACGGGCGUUUGGCAGCUCACAGACCCCCCCAUCCUCCCUCUCACACACGGACCAACUGGAGGCUUUAACUGGAGAGAAACCUUACUACAAGAAUAGGCAAAGCUACACGAGCGAGGAAAACCCAUGGCCUUUCCAAGCUUUGGACAAUGUCCUUUCUUUCUUGUGUUUAUUGACAGUGGAAAAAUAGUCAUAAGAUGUUCAGUGGAUGACACAAACAGCUGUUCUAGCAUAUCUCUCACCCAGCCACAGUCACGCGAAACGUCUCAUGUACAACUAGGCCAAUACAAAAGGGAGUGAUUUCAAGGAAAAAACUAUUAAAAUGCAGGUUGAAGCUCUGUUUAGUCAGUAGCUCAGGUAGAUGUUCCCACCUCUGGUAACGCCAGUAGCUCUCACUGCCUUUUGCACCACAUUAGAAACAACUAGCACUGUGUAGAAGUCAAGCAUUCAGGAUGCUGGGUUAUUUUUUUCCACUACUAUUUUUGCAAAGCAUCAGCAGGCUUAUUCAGGACCACGUGCUGACACCCCCAUCACUCACAACCCCCAAAUUCUCGGCAGCUUCUAUAAAGGAAACCACCACCAGCUGGAAAUGAGAGUCCAGCGUUGCCUGUGCAGGCAGCAGCAGAUUAUUCCUCUCCUUUAUUUCGGCACCGUGGCAGGGGUUGUGUUGGCCACACCGAGAAUGCAGAGACCGAUAGACACUGAGCCACGUCAGAAGAAAAGCUGUAAUUCCUCAUCAGUUACAGAUGAAGCUUGCACAUCAAAAGAUGUUGUGAACCAAGCCUGAGAGCGGUUUCUUUGGAGUGGAUAGGAAACAAGCCUUUUCCAACGAAACCUGAUGGAUUUAGAAAGUUCGGCAUUGUUUCUUUCCUUUAUUUAGAUUAUCGAAACCCACCCUUGUGCACAGACCCAGCCUAAAGUGUUUGUGUCAUUUAAAUUCCCUUCGGAAGACCUUGGAAAAGACUUUUAUGCCGCGAUUUUGUGCUGGUCAUGUACACAGCGGUGGCUUUCUGUCCCUGCGAGCUGUUCUGUCCGCUCUGAUGAGGUCCUGCAGUCAGCAGCUUUCUUCAGGAGGUAACGAUGAAAUCAAGAAGAUGCUGAAACUCAGUCCCUGCUGCACGCUUGGCUUCUUUUUGCUUAAUUCCUAAGUGCCAUCUGUCAUAAAGACAAAGCAGAGCUGGAAAAGCAGUGCAGUUAAAUUUAGGAGCAGCGUGCUUGAGCCUGUUAAGAUGCUGUUUAUCUAGUGGGACAAGGUUAGAGAAGAAGAAGAGAAGGUUUGCCAUCUGUAAUUAAAAUCUUUGAAAUCACAAGGAGUGGCCUCUUAGUGCAACAACCUGCAAGAUGCCAAUACCAGCUGAUUUAGAGGAGAACACAAAACGUGACCCAGUGGGUAGUUUACAGCAUAAAGUGGCUUCGGAGCAGGUUAAUUUUAUCUUAAGUCAUCUGCGUUGGGUCAAAAAUUUCCUGCAGACGUUUGUAUGGGUCUUAUCAGUAUAGGCUCGCUUUCAGAAGGUACUUAAAAAUGUGCUGAAAUGGGAUGAAAGAGAUUUAGGCAUACUCCUUCCUUCAUUCGGGCCGUAAGUCUAGUCUAAGUAUCCACAUAAAAACCAUCAAAGGCAAGUUCAGAAGUACCAGGAAGGAAAUUCUGGCAUCCUAGGUACCCCUCUGCUGUCCAGUUUUCCCCUGCAGAAAGUGUUCAUGUCCUCACUGGAAAUGUUUGUAUGGCACAGAAGUUCAUGCCCACUGACUUUGACAAAGGCUUAUUAUUCCUAGCGAGAGCCAAGCUGGAUUUUUGUGCAGGUUUCUUAUAACCUUCAGCAGGAAAGGACUGAGCUGCAAAGGAGGAGCGAUAAACUGCAAUCCCGUCCUCCUCAACGGGGCAAAACACUCCCCAGCUGCCAUGUCACAAAUCUUAAGGGGGUUCAGCUCGUCUUUGAGUUUUACUGAGCUUGCCAAGUAGAGUCCAUUAGAUUCUGUCCAGAUUGUGAGUCAGCAGAGAGCUCGUCCUGUGCAAUAUGUACAUUGUCACGCUCCAUAAUGAUAGCCCAUUAUUUAUGACUAUGUAAUACACAGUAGGCCAUUCAUAAGUGCAUUAUUAUACCAGGGAUGUAUACUGAAAAGUCAGGGAGAUAACUUAUGAGAUGACAGAAGAAACUGCUCCCGUGCAGCUAAACUGCUGUCACUUUAGUUUUUAACUGUAAUUUAAACUAUUUUGGGCUGUGUACAGACAUUCUGAAGAGCAUUUCUGCCUUGUUUUCCUCCAUGCUUACUCACUGCAGAUUCUCAAAGAGUUCAAAUAAAUGACAAUCACACCAAAACUAAUUUGGUUAUUAAUGCAUGUGUAAGUCUCCAAACUGCUUUUAGUUUCAUGCUAUGGGCCAGCAGGAUGUAAUUUGGGGCAACAAAUAUUGCCUAUGGGAGGCUACUCGGGUCCUAUUGCAGUUAAGUGACAUUACAAGGAGUUUAUUUAGACAGCAGCAUGAAGCAGAGCAGGAACAAAACCUGAAUGUACAAUCUGAAUAUUGGACUAGCUGAUCUUUGCAUACAGUAAGUAAUAUAGGAAAGAGUGUUCUGUUUGAGAAGGUAGAUGUUAAAAUACGCUCUUCUUAAAUAUAUAUAUAUAUUUUUUUGGAUGUUUGGGAAAGUAUUUUGACAAUUGUAAUCUUAUCUCAAAUUAGAUUUUUCAAGUGUCAGGAACGUGAGCAUUUUGAUUUCUCAUAGGGGCUUUGUGCUAAGUAGUAUCAUGUUGAUAGGGCUCAUUCGGGGGGAAAAAAGUGUACCUUUUAAGUUUUUAGUUGAUAUGUUAAGAAUACCAAUCAAUUGCUGCUUCACUUUCACUCCAUUGCUGCUCAUUAAUGUGUAUUUAAUAUCACCUCAGUGUUUUGUCCCAGAAGAACAUUAGACUUGAUCUAUCUGAAGUGUAUGCCAGCCUCUUCCUUGCCUUCACUGUGAGCUGCAUCAGGUCCCAACAGUUUAAUGAGGGUACAGAAGGCAAAUAGCAGUUCCCAGAUCUUCCCCUCUCUUCCCAAUGGAGCAAAAAAGCUGCAAAUCUGCCACAAGUAAGUUGUUUGUCCGAUAUUUUCAUAAACUGCAGAUUAAAGGGCUGGAAAAGUACAAGAAUCCAUGUGCAGAAUCAGAUUCCAGCGCAGCAGCAGCUGGUGGCAGCUCCGCACCAGAGCUGAAAACCAGGAUAUUGGAAGAAGUUCUGAUUUGAUCAAGCGUUGACCCUUAUCACUACUAUCUGUAUCUCCCUUCACUGCAGGGGCUCCAUUUCCAGAUCAGUACAGGUGCCAGGUCUAAAGUUUCAUGCAUUUAGUGCAGUAGCAGCUACAGCCAAAUACUUGGACCCUCUGAGCACGCAGCCGGGUUCUCUGUGAGUGUAAAACUCAAGUCAACAGAGCUUUGCUUCUUUAUGCAAACUAAGGAUCCAGUCUAUAACUUAUUUCCCUUUUCACUCGGUCCAAACAGUUGCAGAAGUCAGCUGAUGGUAGAACAGGUGAUCGCCUCUAGGGUCUGUGUUAUUAUGAAAGUGAUAAUUUACAUCGCCAAAUCAGUGGUUGUUCACAAGAACUCUGCAGGAAUUACCAUUAGUGAACACAAGGGGUAAAUCUCCAAAACAAAGAGAGUGGAAAGGAUGCUAAAGCGCUAUUUUCCAGCGUAUUAUUUUGCCCCCCGGGGUAGGAAUAUCUCAGGGAUGUGGGUUCUGUCAUCCCUGAGCGUGGAUGAAAAGGAUGGGGAGGGGGUUUUUACAGCACUGUGACAAACUCAGCUCCUGCUUCACCCUCCGGAUCCUGAGCCAGGGCCUAAGGGAACAAAGAGGGAGAUUUCUCAUCGUUUCCUCAGGCUGGGGAUGAAGAUGCACAAAGCCUGGUCCUGCCACACUUAUCACUGCUUUAACGAGGAAUUUGGAGGACUCAUCAGUGCGGGGUUGAGCCCUUCCAGCCCUGAUUUGAGAAACGCACACAGAAGUAGAACGAUAUUUAGUAUCUGAUUAUAUUCAUUUCAAAAAGCAGGACACUAAAUAGCCGAGUUAGGCUGCAGUCAACCAACCCUCCUUUAAACCCACAGCUCCAAAUGAAUCUGCGGCGCUGCACAACUUGAAACGUGUUGAAAUUCCACAUGCAAACUAUUGUUUAGAGGGGAAGCCUUAAUAGUUUGUGGGGUUUGAAUUUUUUUUCAUUAUUUGAACUUUAAAAUCCAUGCGAAACGAUGGUGGGAGCAGACAUGCUUAAAAUGGUGAAUGAGGGAAUGAAUGGAAACAAAACUGAAGCAGUAAGUGUGAUUGGCUGCGUACGCUCUGAACCGCUUCUUACUUCUCACCACUUCCUCAAAUACGUGUUCCCUGGGGACUAUUCAUGCACCAUAUGUGAUACAUAACAGAAAAUACACAGCCAGUUCCCUUCUAUUACUUCCCAUUAAAACGUAUUUUCUGAAGUUUCUCUCUGUGGACGUCUCUUAAAACUUGAUGUUAUCAAUGGAUACGUUUUAUUUUCAUUUCAAACAUGUAUCGUUCUGUUUAUUAUGUUUUUUAGUGUGAGCAGAUUGUAUUUAUUUGAGAAAAAUGUUUGCUGUUUAAAAAAAUCCCAAUAAUUGUAUUGCCAAAAAUAGCUGUAAUUACCUGUGACAUCUGUAUUUUUUUAUUUUGGGGGGAUUUAUUGGUUGGUCUUAAUCUCAUUUUCAAGUGCUAACAACUGUUAAAACAACCACCGCAUUUUAAUUUGCUUAUUACAUUAAAUGGAUUUCUCGGAAGUCGGACAAAAA